AUGGGAGAAGUUGUGGAAUAUAACCCUAAAGAAGAUGCACCUCCGGUAGAUAAUAUUCACCAUCGUUGUCAUCCUUUGCACCUAAUCUGGUUGUCUGGAUUCAAUCCACGCGUGUCCUUGCUCAAUGUCAGUACAACUCGUGACCGGAAGGAGCUUGUUUUGGCAUCGGGAAACACACUUCUCUUCUACUGCUAUGAUGGAGAGCGCGAAAAGAUAACACCAGUUGUUGGACACAAAAAUGUCGUCAACAUGAUCGGAUGUGAGGAAAGUGGGCGAUUUGUGGUGAGUUCCGAUUGUUCCUACUGCAUCAAUGUGUGGGAUCGACAUAUUGGAGGAGAGAACCACCAGCUCCCGGUUGCGAUAAGGACUAUUUUCGAGCCAUUCAAAACUAAAGGUGAUAUUGGUGCGGUUUCGUUGAGCCGGGACGGGAAGUACCUGCUGGCCGGGGGUGGAACAGCGUCCGAACAGGGCAGCCAACUGAAACUGUGGUCCUGGACGGUUGGAAACGAUUUUCCCGAUGAUACCAUCACACUACCGUCUCGGCUGGGACGUAUUAAAACCAUCCAUUUCUGCCCGGAUCGUGGCCGUCGCAAUCAGUUCGUCGUCACGCUGGAAAGUGGAGUCGCGUUUGGUGCAUGGGAUAGCAAGGAACAGAAGCUGUCGAUCCAAGUGCCGAAACGGCACGGCUUUCAGGAUUACAAUGAUACCGUGUUUGUGGAGUGUACGGAUCGAGCCGUGUCGGUGACGGGUGCGGGAAUGGCAGUGCUCUGGAGCAACGAUCGGAAACAUGCUGAUGGAGCGGAGGGUAGCGUACUCCGGAAGGAAUUUCUCAAAUAUCUUCACCUGAAGUACGCUUCGAUCAAUGUGGUGCGCUCAUGCGAUGAGAAAAUCGUCACCGGCGAUGAUGAUGGUGAGAUUCGAUUUUACGACAAUUCGAUGAAGAUUCUCUACUGGUUCAAGCAAGAGGAUCUCGAACCGAUACGGACGCUAUCGUUUGAGCUGGUCGAAACACGCCAGUGGAAGGUGUCGAGUGAACCGAGCGAAGCAGACGAUUGUCCACCAAAGGAAGAAACAACGGAAAAGAAAUUGGAAGUUAAUAUAGAGGACAUCGCACCGAAGGACGUUUCCUUCGAAGCGCGGCCAGUGAUCGUGCGUGGAUUCGUGUCCGCCACCAAGUCUGGCAAAAUCUACGACAUUGACAUAGUGUAUAACAAAAUCCAGGAGCUAUUUCUGCAGUCUCCGAGCAUUAUUACGGCUUUUGCUGUACAUGCCGGCAGAUCAGAGCUGUGUACUUGCGACGGCAAUGGCCGCUUUGUCGUGUAUGAUUUGCAAACGAAAGCGAUGAGAUUAGCUCUCGAUGUACCGAUUCAGCGUACACGGCGCGGUCGAAUCACCACCCUAGCCUAUUCACCAUGCGGAACAUUUUUGGCCGGUGGUGCUGAAAAUGGAUUCCUUUGGAUGGUCGAACCCAACCUGCUGAUCCUUACCGGAAGUGGUCCUGUACAGUUUACCGGCGAGAAGAUACGAUUGGUUAUGUUUUCUGAGGACAGCAAGCAUCUCGUUUGUGUGGAUGAAAGCAAUACGAUCACGCUUUUGCAUCGUGUAAAGGACGAAUGGCAGGCGGUAGGACGAUGCGUAACGCAUAGAAUGGUCGAUCUAGCGUUUCUUUGCGCGACUGAUUUUGUAUCCAUCAGCGAGGAUCGGCACAUGGUUCAGUACACGAUCAAUUGCGACGAACUGGUACAACUGGAGGCUCUAUCGACUGUCAAGCGGAAGCGCAUUGAACAGUCCGCAUUUCCAACAGCGCUUCUUAUCUUGCCAGGCGGGAACGAGAUUCUGGUGGCAAAUGAUCAGCUUAAAUUCAAAAUAUUUCACAGCAAAACGUUCGAAAUUCUACACACAUUUCUGGCUCCCUUUCACGAUGGUCCCGCACGUUUUCUACGGCAACUUCCUGGCGAAGAUUAUUUCCUGUUCAUCACCGAUAACAAUAUCUAUCUGCAUCAUCUCCCGAUCGAUGGGAACCCGUUCAAGUAUCUCGCAGUACGAGGGCAUCCGAAGCGUUUGAAGGGAUUGCAAAUUGCCUGGACGGUACGGUGCGCCUUCACUUUCGGCGAAGGAGAUCAUGCAGUUAGUAUGUGGAAGAUUAAUACGAGUCCACUGCUCGAUAAUAUAAGACAUGCCGGUUCGGGAUUGGAUCCUUUUUGUACACUUCUUCCGGGCGGUAAGAGAGGAUGUUACGUGCGCGAGAUUCUAAGUCUGUUCUUCUACAAUCAGAUAUCCCCAAAGAAUAGUGACGGUGAUGCAGAACUUACGCUGCGAGAUGCCAUGAACGUCCAGGAUGUUCCGAACUAUAUGCGUAGCAUUGGAUAUCACAUGACCGAAUACGAGGAAAUGAACCUGUCCAAGGAAAUGGAGCUAACCGGCACGUACUUUCUUACCUUUGAGGAGGUGGCGAAGCUUUUUCUAAAUCAUCGCACCGCCACCGGUGGACCGCCGAACACUGAGGACAUUCGGACGGCUGUGACGUUUAUAGGUGCUACUACAUCAUCCGGCAACAAGGUAGAUUUGGUGCGGCUCAUUACGCUGCUCGCGAGUAUGGGUGAACCGAUGGAACCGAAAACGGCCGAAGCGUACUAUAGAAUACUAUUUCCGUCCGCAUUCGAUGCACACGAGCAGGACGAAGGUUGCGUAGCGGAAUGUGGCACCACUGAAGAGUGCACGAACUGUAUCAGCAUCGAAGAAUUUGCUGAUAAGCUUUGCUGA